GCUCGGCGCUGACUCCGCCGCACGCUGCAGCCGCGGCUGGAAGAUGGCGGGGAACGACUGCGGCGCGCUGCUGGACGAAGAGCUCUCCUCCUUCUUCCUCAACUAUCUCGCCGACACGCAGGGUGGGGGGUCCGGGGAGGAGCAACUCUGCGCUGACUUUCCCGAGCUUGACCUCUCCCAGCUGGACGCCAGCGACUUUGACUCAGCCACCUGCUUCGGGGAGCUGCAGUGGUGCCCAGAGAACUCCGACACUGAACCCAGCCAUUAUAGCCCCGAUGACUCCGAGCUCUUCCAGAUCAUCGACAGUGAGAAUGAGGCCCUCCUGGCAGCGCUCACCAAGACCCUGGACGACAUCCCUGAAGACGACGUGGGUCUGGCUGCCUUCCCGGCCCUGGAUGGUGGAGACGCACUAUCCUGCACUUCGGCUUCGCCUGCCACUUCAUCUGCACCCCCCAGCCCCAGCCCCUCGCUGGAAAGGCCCCAGGCCCCGACGCCUGAGGUGGACGAGCUCUCCCUGCUGCAGAAACUCCUCCUCGGCACGACCUACCCGACCUCAAGCUCUGAUACCCAGAAGGAAGGGACCGCCUGGCGCCAGGCAGGCCUCAGGUCUAGGAAUCAGCGGCCCUGUGUCAAGAUGGACGGCACCCAAGACAAGAAGGCCCCCACGAUGCAGUCUCAGAGCCGGAGUUGUACAGAACUGCAUAAGCACCUCACUUCGGUGCCGUCCUGCCCCCAGACUAAAGCCCGCUCCCCAGACAGGAGCUUGCAGCCACCACCCACCCUGAGUCCCCAGCUCCCAGCCAAGGAGGAGGAGGAAGCUGGUGAGGACUGCCCGAGCCCCCAGCCGGCUCCAGCCUCGCCCCAAGACUCCCCAGCACCGGGCAGGGCAGGCCCCGGCGCCCAGGGGUCCCGGGAGGACAUGCAGGCGAUGGUGCAGCUCAUUCGCUACAUGCACACCUACUGCCUUCCCCAGAGGAAGCUGCCCCCACAGGCCCCGGAGCCAGCCCCCCAGCUCUGCGGCAGCCCCUCCAAGCAGGUCAAACCCCGGCCCCGGUCCCAACACCCUUCCAAAGGCUCCUGGGCUGAGUUCUCCAUCCUGAGGGAACUUCUGGCUCAAGAUGUCCUCUGUGAUGUCAGCAAACCUUACCGCCUGGCCACACCUGUCUACGCCUCCCUCACGCCCCGGCCCAGGCCCAGGGCCCCCAGAGACAGCCAGGCCUCCCCUGGCCACCCGUCCCCUGUGGAGGAGGUGAGGAUCACAGCGUCGCCCAGGAGCACCGGGCCCAGACCCAGCCUGCGCCCACUGCGGCUUGAGGUGAAAGGACACGCCGGCUGGUCAGCCAGGCUGCAGCGGGAGGAGGAAGAGGAGGAGGAGGAAGAGGAGGAGGAGGAAGAGGAGGAGGAGGAGGAGUGGGGCCGGAAAAGACCUGGCCGAGGCCUGCCGUGGACUAAGCUGGGGAGGAAGCUGGAGAACGCAGUGUGCCCCGUGCGGCGUUCCAGGAGACUGAACCCGGAGCUGGGUCCCUGGCUGGCAUUCUCCGAUGAGUCUCUGGUCCCUGCGGAGCCCCAAGGAGCUCUGCCCUCGCUGCGCCUGGCUCCUGAGGCCUACGACAUGGCGGGGGCACUGGGCAGCCCCACGGAUGAGGACAGUGGCCAAGACCAGCAGCUCCCACGGGGACCCCAGAUCCCGGCUCUGGAGAGCCCCUGUGAGAGUGGGUGUGGGGACACGGAUGAGGACCCCAGCUGCCCACGGCUCCCUUCCAGAGACUCUCCCAGGUGCCUCAUGCUGGCCUUGUCACAAAGUGACCCUCCUUUCGGCAGGAAGAGCUUUGAGCAGACCUUGACGGUGGAGCUCUGUGGCACCGCAGGACUCACCCCACCCACCACACCUCCCUACAAGCCCACAGAGGAGGACCCCUUCAAGCCAGACAUCAAACACAGCCUAGGCGAAGACAGAGCUCCCAGCCUCCCCAGCUUGGAGGGCCUCCAGCUCAGGGCUGCCCCCGUGGCUGCCCACAAGCUGCCAAAGAGGCACCCAGAACGGAGCGAGCUCCUGUCCCACCUGCGGCAUGCUACAGCCCAGCCAGCCUCCCAGACUGGUCAGAAGCGCCCCUUCUCCUGUUCCUUCGGAGACCAUGAUUAUUGCCAGGUGCUCAAGCCAGAAGGCGCCCUGCAGAGGAAGGUGCUGAGGUCCUGGCAGCCGUCUGGGGUCCACCUUGAGGACUGGCCCCAACAGGGGGCCCCACAGGCUGCGGGGCAGGCCUCCGACAGGGAGGAAGACAGAAGCUGUGACGGCGGUGCCCCUGCCAAGGACAGUGUGCUCCUGAGAGACCACGAGAUCCGCGCCAGCCUCACCAAGCACUUUGGGCUCCUGGAGACCGCCCUGGAGGACGAAGACCUGGCCUCCUGUAAGAGUGCUGAGUACGACACGGUCUUUGAGGACAGCAACAGCAGUAGUGGUGAGAGCAGCUUCCUCCUGGAGGAGGAGGAGGAGGAUGAUGCAGAGGAUGACUCGGGGCUCAGCCCCCCUCGCUCUGACCACUGCCCCUACCAGAGCCCCCCAAGCAAGGCCCGUCGGCAGCCUUGCUCCCGCAGCCGCUCCAGCUCCGGCUCCGCCUGCCGCUCCCGCUCACCAGCCACCCGGAGGACCUUCAGAUGUGAGAGCAGAGGGCCGUGUUCAGACGGAACGCCAAGCGUCCGGCACGCCAGGAAGCGGCGGGAAAAGGCCAUUCAGGGCGAAGGCCGUGUGGUGUAUGUUCGAAAUCUCUCCAGUGACAUGAGCUCCCGAGAGCUGAAGCGGCGCUUUGAAGUGUUUGGUGAGAUUGUGGAGUGCCAGGUGCUGACGAGAAGCAGGAGAGGCGAGAAAUAUGGCUUCAUCACCUACCAGUGUUCGGAGCACGCUGCCCUGUCUCUGAGGAAUGGCGCUGCCCUGCGGAAACGCAACGAGCCCUCCUUCCAGCUGAGCUAUGGAGGGCUCCAGCACUUCUGCUGGCCCAGACACACUGACUAUGAUUCCAAUUCAGAAGAGGCCCUCCCUGCGUCAGUGAAAAACAAGUACGAAGCCAUGGAUUUUGACAGCUUACUGAAGGAGGCCCAGCAGAGCCUGCAUUGAUAACAGCCUUAACCUUCGAGGAAUACCUCAAUACCUCAGACAAGGCCCUUCCAAUAUGUUUACGUUUUCAAAGAAAUUAAGUAUACGAGAAGGCGAGAGCGCGAGCGCGUGAGAGAACACACGUGAGAGAGAGAGAGAGAGAGAGAGAGAGAGAGACUUGAAACUGCUGUCCUUUUAAAAAAAAAAAAAAUCAAUGUUUACAUUGAACAAAGCUGCUUCUGUCUGUGAGUUUCCAUGGUGUUGAUGCCCCACGGCCACUGUAGCGUCCUCGCUUCCGGCGGGCGGCCCCAGGUGCGCCUCCCGGUGCUGGGCCAGCCCCCGUCCCCUCGCUCCCUGACCGGCUUCCCUCGUAGACGUGCAGCCGUGUGCACCAUAACAUUUCUUGUCCGUAGUAUGUGAUGAUGAAAUUGUUACUCGUGAAUAGAAUCAGGAUUAUACACUCGUUUUUAAUUGAAGACAAAAAAAGUAUAUCCUUCAAAUAACGUAUUUAUGGCUCAGACGUACUGUGCCUGGGAUUAUUGUAUCGCUUCCUUGAUUUUUUAACUAUGCACUGUCGUGAGGUGUUUGCCACUGAGCUGCUGUGCUCCCUCGGCCAGGGCGCCCUAGAGGUGCUGGGUGGCUGGCGGGUUGGUCCCCAGGGGAGGGCGGCCUGCAGCCACAAGUCGGAGCAGUGGAGAAAGGCUUCUGGGACUCGCCUGCCAAGCUCUGCCCUGUCUCUCACUGAGCACACGUGGGUCCAGUUCCAGUCGGAACCCUCAUCUGGUGCCAGCCGGUGCUUGGAGCUUGGGCCUGGCCUGGAGUGCUCGGAUCCUGGCAGACCCUGUAAGGAAGGUGGGGCGAGCCGCCUGAAUCUUGUUUUUCCAGGCGAGGCGGGCAGUGCCCCAAGAGGGGAUGUGACUUGCCCGAGGUCCCAUGGCCAGUGAUGGGGCGGAGCAGUGACCCAGCCCAGGCCUCCUGAUUCCUGGUCCCAUGCCCUUGCAGUAGCUGGGGUAAAAGAUGCACAGUUCCAGGGACCGGUGGAGGUGAGACCAGCUACGUUGGGCCACAGGCAAGAGGCCUCUGGGCUUACUCGGAGGGUUAAGUCAAAAGCUGGCUCGCCAGCAUGAGGAACGUUUAGGCUCGGGCAUGCGUCUUGAUCCAGAGGGUUCUGUGGUUUGCCUAUACCUGUGGACAUGCCAUCAGAGCCUCAGUGACAUACCUGGAGUGGCACAGGCAGGUGAUCUGGGAGCAGUCGUCCUCCUGGGGCCAGCCACCAGCCCAUCCUACUUCCACCAGCUUGUCUUCCCCUUCUCACCUGUACAGUUGUCUGGGCGGCAUGAGGCAGGGGAAGCAGGAGGGGCGUGUGAGGGCCGGGGGGUGGAGAAGACAAUCUCCAAGGUCCUUUCCAACUUAGACAACAUUCUAAUUGGGCUUUACUUUAAAUUUUAUGUUCUUGAGUGAUGUCAAAACCAUGUCCAGCUUGGAUGUUCUGCAGGUGCCUUGGAGGCCAUUCAUGAGGGAAAGCCUGGCCAGGCAGGGUAUGAGCUCGUUACCUCCAACUUCAUCUUGUUCAUAUGUCAGGGUUCCUUGGGAAAUGUUUGUACUAAGAAGAAAAAAAAGAGAAAAAGUCCUGCUUGCUUUAAAAAUAAACGUUUGAAAUUAACUCAGUAAACUCAACAAGCUAAUUUAAUCUGUUGCUCCUGCCAGGCUUAGAAAUUUGAGAAUUGGUAUUUGAUCAUUAUUAUUAUUUUUAAGAUGAUCAGAUACCUGAGUAGGUAUCCAGUGGGCUUGUCCCGGGAGGUGAGCAUACUCCAAGCCCAUGGAGAAGGCUGGAGGAAACGGGCUUUAGAAGGAAUAGGGAAUUUGAGCUCCUGUGUAUCAAAUCACUUCCUUCCACCUCCCUGGGCCCCAACUUCCUUUUCCGCGAAAUGGACUGAGGGGCGGAAGUAGGCAAGAAGUAGGCAAGAAGUAGGGACCCUAAGGUCCCUGCCAGCUCUUAGCUUCUGCAAAGGUGGUAACUAGCUCAAGAUGGCAAUUACAUGGCACAUGUACCACUAUUGGCACAUCCUUGGCCAGUGGCAGACAUAACUAAUCGACCACAGCACUCAUGUUCUUUGAGCUUGGGAGUUCUUUUAGAAUUCUCAGCACAGUGCUCUGGGCAGCCAUUACUAAUGGAUCAGAGUUUAACUAAACCAUCUGACAUCCUGGUCUGAUCUUUGAAAAGUUUCCAUCAAAAUAGAACCAAAUGGUGGCUGGGUUUCAUGCUGGUCCGUCCCUGUCUAUCAUGUUCUGAUCUAUGAGAGAAAAUUCCCCUAAAGCCAUUCAUUGGCACAGGACUCCCAAUACUGUGACACACAACCCCCACUUGGGUUCGGAGGGGAGCAAGCAGAAUAGCGGACAUGAAAUGUUUGAGGGUGGUGGGGUUUAUGAGGAUGAACCCAAAAAAGGGACUUUUCCACAGCACGGACCUGAACAUUGUAAAUUCCUUUUAGAGCUAUUCACUGCCUAGCACACAGUAGGCACACAAUAAAUGGUUAUGGAAUGCAAGAGAAUAGAAUUUAAAUCUGUCUGCUGCCUCCCCUAAGUCCUGAUUUGCACCAAGGAGUAUACUGAGGGUUCAUCCUGUGGAAACCAGUAGGAAGGAACUCGAGAUUCAGAGUCUGGAGAGCUGGGUUGAGUUUUGGCUCCACCAAGAACUCUGUGACCUUGCGAAGUUACAGAAUCCCUCCCCCUCUCCUCUGCUCCAGAAGGAGUUGGACCAGAGGUUCUCUAAGCCCCUCCUACUUGCUUCUUCGUUGGUUUGCCCUGGCUCAGAGAUUCUCCCCUGGGCAGGUGGUACGGGAGGGUAAAGAAAGGCAGAUUUUUAGUAGAAGACCAGUCUCUCCCUCCCCUCUUCUGGGUCAGCUGAGGCUGCCCAUCACUUCAGAUGGCUGCAGGACACUCGAAGUUCCUUAGAUACCGCCCGUUGAGCAGAGCAGAGAUGCGAGAGUGGCACUGGGAGGUCCCGUGCCUAAGGUCAGGGCCGGCUGUGUGGGGGAGAGGAUGCUGGCAAAGAGCACCAAGCAGUUUCUGCUUGCCAUCACAUCCCUAACAGGCUACAAGUUGGAACACUGACCGAGCCUGCAGUCAACCUCUAUCCGGAAGACUCAUUCGGUGCUGUGUACCACUAACCGAGGAGACUCCAAGGUCUCUCCGCGAAACCUAGGCCACCUUGGUCCCUCGCCCACCACACUUGAGGAGUAACCCAGAGGGAGCGGCUGCCGCUGGCAACCAUCUCAUUGUAGCUGUGUCCUAGUGUUUGCUCUGGAUGAUGUUUCUGUGUGAUGCCAUGAAAGCUUACGGUAGACUCUGUUGACAGCCGCCCGUGCCGGGCAGGUUGUGCUGUCCGUCUGUGUGCCGUGCUGGUGUUUCCAGAAAUGUCCGGUCCAACCGCUAAGUGGAAUUCUUCAUCUCCUUCCUCAGUCGGUACCAGGCUGAAUCAGAAUCCUCAGUCUUGGGGGUUCUGGUUACCGAAGGAAAAUGCAUCAAAGAGGUAAAGAAUAUGAGUGGAUGGAGUGCAGAGAAGGCCCCCACCCGCCCCUGCUUAGCGCAUCAGACCUUGCUCCCAAGCCAGGAAACGGCUUUGAGUCAAAAAGAGCCACUGAGCAGGUGUCCGCAUCUGCAGCGGGGCCUUGCAGUGUGGCGUGCUGACCGCGCUG